AUGCUGUCCUGCCGCAUGCAUCCACACAAGUGGAUGCUCGCUCCUCUCUGCCUGCUCCUGGCUGAGCUCGGCGCCGGCUUCCCGCCCACCUACCAGUGGAAGGACGCGGUGACGGACGCCAAAGUGACCUGCCAGCAGUGCCCGCCGGGGACGUUCGUGGCGCAGCACUGCAGCAGCGCGCGGCCCACGGUGUGCGCGCCCUGCCCGGACCUGCACUACACGCAGUACUGGAACUACCUGGAGAGGUGCCGCUACUGCAAUGUCAUCUGCGAGGAAAAGCAGGUGGAAGUGCAGCAGUGCAACGCCACCCACAACCGCGUCUGCCAGUGCCGCGAGGGCUAUUUCGCUGAAAACGAGUUCUGCAUCCCACACUCCGAGUGUCCGCCCGGCUCCGGCGUGAUCAGCGCGGACUCGCCGCGCAGGCCGGGGCCGGGCAGCCGCGCCGCCAUCCAGGAGAAGUUCAGGACUUACCUCAUGCAGCGCAAGGAGGGGCACCACGAAGUGACGCGGGAGCUGCUGGGCGCCCUGCGGGCCACCAAGCUGCACGCGCUCGAGGAGCAGGUCCGCGAGCGCUUCCUGGCGCACGGCCACACGGACUGA